CCUCCCACACUUUCACAGCACCAAAAACAAAAACCUCCGAUUUCCACUAAUAUCCCUUAAACUACAUUCUCAUCAUCCCCCAACCAAGGGAUAAAAAUGUAAUUUCAACCCCACCAUCCCCAAACCACCACUCCCAGACCACCACAACCAAAAAAGAGAAGAAAAAAAAGAAAAUGAUCUUCAUUCUUUCAUUCCCAAACCGCCAACCUUAAUUUCAAACUGAAACCCUAAAUCCCCAAUUCUUCAAUCGAUCAAUCAAGAUCCACGAAGAAUGGGAGAUUUCAACUUACCUCUAGUAAUCGUAGCGAUCGUGUUCCUCUUCAAUGUCUACCUUCUUGUGAACUACCAACAUCCCGAUGACGUUAAGCAAACUUACUUCCCCAAAUUCGUCGUCGUUUUGGGUCUCUCCGUUAUUCUCAUGCUUCCGGCGGACGUGGCUAAUCGUCGUGCUUGUCGACACGCGUUUUAUGAUGGCGUGUGUAAACUCACGCUCCCUUUCAAAGAUCUUUGGCUCGCUAUUUAUAUCGUUGAUGCUAUUCUUGUCUUUUAUGUUAUUCCGUACCAUUACAAAUUUGUUGUUUAUAUGGCAUGGAUUGCUCACAUCGUUAUCUAUCUAUUAAUUGAUCCUCCUCUUUCUCUUUUUCUGAAUGAAGUUUUCAUCAAGCUUGACGAUAUAUGGGGUCAUAUGGGUAAUGCUGCAUUUGCAUUUUUCUGCUUCUACCUUCUCCUUGCAAGAGUAAGUGAAAAUGACAACAUGAAACAGAUCAACGAAAUUGAGCCCUUAAAAUGUAAGAAAUAUAUAUGGAGUUCGAUGAAAGAAAGAGUCUGAUGGAACAAAAUGCAAAGUUAGUUUAAAUAUGCAUCAAAAGAUUAUUAAUAGUUGCUCCACCAUCAACCCUGAGCAAAAACUCAUGUUUCUUGGAUUCAUCAAUACUAGAAUCUUUAUGCAUUGAGUCUAUGACAUCUUUAACUUGAAAACAUAUGCUUUCAAGAAUGGCUCGAGCAAUGUGAGCCUUACUUGUAUACCUUGUAAUUCCCAUACAAACUCCUCGAGCACGCCACCAUUGAGCAAACAAUCCAUUAAAAGCAGGAACACCUUUGUUAAA